GGAAAGGGAGAAGGCAGGUGCUGGGAGCAGGAUCGUUCACCAUGGAGGAGAACAGCACAACAAACCUCACCCUGAACAAUACACUUUAUGGAUCUCUGGACUGGGAGGAAUAUAUCAGAUCUGAAUGCUCCAGCAUUCCCUCCAGCCUGAUUGCCUUUGCAGGGGUGUGCCUGGGGAUCUCCCUCUGUGGGCUGGCAGGGAAUGGGGUGGUCUUGUGGUUUCUGGGCUUGCACACACAGCAGAGCCCUUUCACUGUCUACAUCCUAAAUCUGGCUGUUGCAGACUUCUCCCUGCUCCUCCUGUUUCUCCUGCUUCUGUUGGCUUUUCUGUCCUUAGCAGCAUUCUGCACAUCUUUGUUUCCUUUUAUUCACCACUAUCAGCGCUUUGUCAGCCUGGGGCUGCUGGCAGCCCUCAGCGUGGAGCGCUGCGUCUCCGUCCUGUGCCCCGUCUGGUACCGCUGCCACCGCCCCCGGCACCUCUCGGCCGCCGUCAGCGGGGCCCUCUGGGCCCUGGCAGGGGCUUUUGUUUCCUCCCUCUACCUCACCUCCACCUACACUGAGGACUCUGGGACCGUCAUUGCAGGUGUAGCCCUGGCCAUUUCCGUGGUUUUUUCCCUCAUGAUGUUGGUUUCCAACCUGUUCCUGUUCCUCAAGCUGCGCUGUGGCUCCCGGAGGCGGCAGCCAGGGAAGCUCUUUGUGGCCAUCGUGCUCAACGUCCUGCUGUUCUUUGCCUUUGGCAUCCCUUUCUGCAUGGAGGUUUUCAUCAAUCUCCCAGAUUCCGGUGAUUUAUUCCCAGAAGACCCCUCUUUGUUCCUGGCACUGCUGAACUGCUCCCUCAACCCGGUGAUUUACGUGCUGGUGGGGAGCUGCCGGCGGCGCCGCUUCCAGCGCUCGGUCAGAGUGGCUCUGCGGAGGGUGUUUGAGGAGAAAGGCGGGAGUGACGAGGGGAGCCACGGGGCUGGGGACACUGUGGUGCAGGUGACAGCUCUGUGA